UUUAUGUGUUUACAGAGUUACUUUGUACAUAUAUCAAUGUCUAGUUUAACACUGCAGUUACACGGUUAAUAAAUCCCCUUAACCAAUUUAAAAUGAAAUAAAAAUAGUUACUUCCCAUGAUGCAAAUGUUGGAGAAUUUUAUUUUCACUUUCCCUUUGAUUGAUUCAGCGCUCUGUUUUGUUGAACCCCCAUCUGGAUGAAUUUUUCAGCAGAACGCGGAUUUUAACUGAAAUAAGUUCUCAAGUCUCAAACCAUGCUUCACUUUGCUCUGCUUGUGAAUCUCUUAAUCCUGCCCACUCACUUGUGGGCUGCAGUCACUCAAGUGAAUAGAGAGCCCACUUCAUUUCCCACAGCGUCCAAUGGCGAACCUUUUCCAUGGGACAAAAUGAGGCUUCCAGACACAGUAUCUCCCAUUCAUUACAAUCUGCGUAUCCACCCCAACCUCACAAGUUUAUACUUUACCGGUUUGGUGCAGAUCCAGAUUGAGGUCCAUCAAGACACCAAGACUAUCAUACUGCACAGCAAAGAUCUUCAGAUCUCCAAAGCGGGCCUGCUUGGUUCAAAUGGGGUUCAGGUCCUAAAGGUGCUAGAGUACCCUUACUACCAGCAGAUUGCUCUUAUAUCUGAUCAUGUGUUGCUAAAGAGAGGUAAUGUGUAUUUGGUUGAGCUUGAGUUUGCUGCCAACCUAUCUGAGAGCUUCCAUGGAUUUUACAAAAGCACAUACCGCAGUGCCAAAGGAGAUGUCAGGGUUGUGGCUUCCACACAGUUUGAGCCUACAAGUGCUCGAGCAGCCUUCCCCUGUUUUGACGAGCCUGCCUUCAAAGCCAACUUCUCGGUACAGAUUCGCAGAGAAGCCAAGCAUAUUGCCCUCUCAAACAUGCCCAAGCUGAGAACAUUAGAUCUGCCUGAUGGACUGUUUGAGGACCAGUUUGACAUGAGUGUGAGGAUGAGCACAUAUCUGGUGGCCUUCAUCGUCUCAGACUUUCUCUCUAUCAGCAAGACCAGUUUGCAUGGAGUCCAGAUUUCAGUGUAUGCUGUUCCAGAGAAGAUUGAUCAGGCAGAGUUUGCCCUGGAUGCUGCAGUUAGGCUGCUUGACUUCUAUGAUGACUACUUCGACAUUCCCUACCCUCUACCUAAACAGGAUCUUGCUGCCAUCCCAGACUUCCAGUCUGGAGCAAUGGAGAAUUGGGGUCUGACCACCUACCGAGAAUCAGGGCUACUUUUUGAUCCACAGAAGUCAUCUGCUUCUGACAAGCUGGGCAUUACUAUGGUCAUCGCUCAUGAAUUGGCACAUCAGUGGUUUGGUAACCUGGUGACUAUGCAGUGGUGGAACGAUCUGUGGCUGAAUGAAGGUUUUGCCAAGUUCAUGGAGUUUGUGUCUGUCAACAUCACCAAUCCUGAACUGCAAGUUGAGGAUUAUUUCCUGGGGAAGUGUUUUGAGGCCAUGGAGGUAGACUCUUUAAGCUCCUCUCACCCAGUGUCCACUCCAGUUGAGAAUCCUGCUGAGAUACAGGAAAUGUUUGAUGAUGUAUCCUAUGAUAAGGGGGCUUGUAUUCUGAACAUGCUGAGGGAGUUUCUGACCCCAGAGGCCUUUAAAUUGGGGAUUGUCAGAUACCUGAAACGCUACAGUUACCAGAACACAGUCAAUAGUCACCUGUGGGAAAGUCUGACCAAUGUUUGCGAGUCUGAUGGUCUGGAUGAGGGCAGACUGAAGGGUGAUGGGUCUUGCCAAAGCUCCUCUGGACACUCUGGGGCCUCUAAAUGGCACUCUGAGGAUGAGCUAGAUGUUAAGGCUAUGAUGGAGACAUGGACUUUGCAGGAGGGCUUUCCACUAAUCACAGUGGAGGUCAAAGGUCGAGAAGUCAGACUUAGUCAGGAGCGUUACCUCAAGAGUGACGAUCCCUCGCAAACUUCCAGCUUCCUGUGGCACGUUCCAUUGACCUACAUCACCAGCGACUCAACCACAGUGCACCGCUUCCUGCUUAAGACCAAAACAGAUGUGCUGUAUCUGCCAGAAGAGGUAGACUGGAUAAAGUUUAAUGUGGACAUGAGUGGAUAUUACAUCGUACAUUAUGAGGGCUCAGGCUGGGAUAAUCUCAUCACACUGCUAAAACACAAUCACACAGCACUCAGCAGCAAUGAUCGCACCAGCCUCAUCAAUAACGCCUUCCAGCUGGUCAGUGUUGGUAAGCUGCCAUUGGAUAAAGCUCUAGACCUGUCCCUGUAUCUGAGCAAGGAAACUGAGAAUAUGCCAGUGACGCAGGGCUUAAGUGAGCUUGUGCCUCUUUACAAACUGAUGGAGAAGAGAGACAUGGUGGAGCUGGAGAACCAGAUGAAGAAUUACAUCCUACAGUUGUUCAGGAAGCUCAUAGACCAGCAGAUGUGGACAGAUGAUGGCUCUGUGUCUCAAAGGAUGUUGCGGAGCUACCUCCUUCUCUUCGCCUGUGUGCGGGGUCAUCCUCCAUGUGUCAGCACCGCUACCCGGCUCUUCAACCAGUGGAGGGAGUCAGAUGGGAAUAUGAGUCUUCCCAAUGAUGUCACUAUGGCUGUGUUUUCUGUUGGUGCCCGGACUGAAGAGGGGUGGAACUUCCUGUUUGAGAAGUACAAGGAGUCCAUGUAUGUGUCAGUGAAGAGCAGGAUCAAGAUGGCACUCACGACCAGUCCUCUCGAUCACAAGUUAAAAUGGAUGAUGGAGCAGAGUCUGGUGGGAGAGGUGAUGAAGACUCAGGAUCUGCCAUAUGUUGUGACCUCAGUCAGUAAGAAUCCCAAGGCCUACAAACAUGCCUGGGACUUUUUACAAGCAAACUGGGACUCCCUUAUUAAGAAGUUUGAUCUUGGCUCACACUCAAUAUCACACAUGGUUGUAGGAGUGACCAAUCAGUAUUCCACCAGAGAAAUGCUAGCAGAGGUUCGCAGUUUCUUCAAUUCCCUGCGGUCUGACACUGGAGCAGAACUGAGAUGUAUUCAGCAGGCCAUGGAGAACAUUGAAGAGAACAUUCGCUGGAUGGACAAGAACCUUCCACUACUGAAGGCCUGGCUGCACAGGCAAUAUAACCAGCACAGAAAUGCAGAGCUGUGAAGCACUUUUA